CGUGCAGAGUAGAUAAAUGUGGCUCCAGAAGCAUGUCGACAGAGCAAAAUUAGUGACCUAGAUUUAGCUAGAGAUGCUACUAAAUGGUGCUGCAAAGUGUAUAGAAACAUCUCCGUUGUCCAUGUCAACAAUAGAUAGCGAGUCCUGGAGCUAACUCGCGCUUUACGGGGGACUUUAAACUUGCAGCAAAACUUCUGCACGGACUUCACACGGAGUCAAAGAAAUUCAAGCUAAAAUCGCCAAAAUGGAGACUCACGAAGGGGCAGCGGCGGUAGGAGACGGUGUGCUCGACUUUUCACGUUUGAGUUUGACCACUUUGAGCCUUGACAGCAUGAGCGACGAGAGGAAGAGGGACACCAGACAGCUGUACCUGAACUACAACCGACUGGCUUCGCUGCCGUCGUUGCUCAGCGUUUUCUGCAACCUCGAGUUUUUGGACAUCAGCAACAACGGACUGUCGGCCAUCUGCGAGGGCAUAACGAGGCUAACCAAGCUGAAAACGCUGCUAGCGAAGAACAACCGCCUGGACGAGUUGUCGCUGCCCAAAGAGUUCGGCUCUCUGCAGCUGGAGGUGUUGAACUUUAGUGGGAACCGAUUCGAGGAGAUCCCGCUGCAGUGUACGAAACUGCGGCGCCUGCAGUCACUUUCACUCGGCGGAAACAGACUGAAAAGUAUACCCGCAGAGAUAGAAGACCUAACCAGUUUGGAGUUGUUGUAUCUGGGCGGAAACCUCAUCUCAGCCAUCCCUCCUGAAAUAGCGAACCUGCCCUACCUCAGCUAUCUGGUCCUGUGUGACAACCGCAUCCAAAGCGUCCCACCGCAGCUCACCAGACUCCACUCGCUGCGAUCUUUAAGUCUCCACAACAACUUGCUCACCUACCUGCCGAGAGAGAUCCUUUGCCUGGUGCACCUGCAGGAGCUCAGUCUCAGAGGCAACCCGCUGGUGGUGCGUUUCGUCAAGGAAAUGACUUACGACCCCCCGUCGCUUCUAGAGCUGGCAGGACGUACCGUCAAGAGCCGGAAUAUUCCUUACUACCCUUGCGACCUGCCCUCGAACCUGCUGCGCUACCUGGACCUGGCCAGCAAGUGUCCCAACCCCAAGUGUGCUGGUGUGUACUUUGAUUCAUGCGUGCGCCAGAUCAAAUUUGUGGACUUCUGUGGGAAGUACCGGCUGCCCCUCAUGCACUACCUGUGCUCCCCUGAAUGCACCUCUCCCUGCAGCUCCAACCCCCAGAGCGACGCAGAGUCCGAGGACGAGAGCAGCGUGCCGGCCGACCGCCUUCAGAGGGUGCUCCUGGGAUAAUACGACACGGAGGAACCUCCGAGCCUGCGGCUAAGCAGCGUCUUGUCAGUCUCUCACUGUGUUCUAUAAUUCUACAGGGUGGAACUUGCUCCAGACUUUACCAGAUGUACGUUCUCACACACAUACUUUUACAUUCAACCACCUAAACGCACAGAAUGUGAGACUGCCUACGGCGGCCCUGAAAGGAUGCUAAAUCAGUUUUAUGAAGAAUUCUCUGUUUAGUCUCACCGAAUGUCAUCCCAGGUAACUCGACUAAAGGAUGGCUCACAGUUCUCAUGUCGCCACGAAAAGCCACAUCUGCCAGUGCUGUCUUCUUAAACAUGCUUGUCUCCUGAUCGAACACAGGAGGGCAGUAAAACUCCUGUUUGGACUGUGAAACCCGAAAGAGCAACAGGAUUCUCUUUUCCUUACAGGGCAGCAUGCUUUAUCUUCAGUAUGACACUUUAUGCUUUUUAGUAGCUCCAGCACAUUAUUCUGCGUUUUCAGUUUUGGAGAUGGAAAUUUUAUUUUUUCUCCAGCUGUUGGAAACACUCAGCCAGUUUUCAUUUACAUUUCCAAGAAAGCAUCGAAGCAGUUAUCCUAACUUAGAAAAAGCCUGUGGGUUUCUUUAAAGUGUGCCAAGAGAAGCUUAGAAGCUUUGAAAGUUGUUUUAAACUACAGUAAACUCUAAAUUGAUUGAGUAUGACGUGGCAGACGGCCCUAUUUACACUGGAUGGUAAUUAGUGUGUCCCACACAACAUUCAAAGAACAAGGUGGCAAUCUUUUAUCAGUGUUUUUGUCAGCACAGUGUUCAUGGCACACCACCCUUGAAAAAAAUGUUGCCGUGAUGGCUUGGUUGUUUUAAAUGAACUCGGAAUAAGGGCUGUGUAUGUGGAAGAAUGCUUGUCCAGGCUUACUCACAGGAAGUGGAUGUGGGGCGGACCAGGGAAAACCACUCACUGUGUUAGCACAGAAACAAUAGCUAUUCAUACAGCACAGUGGCAGCCUUCAUGUUUAUGUUCAGAGCUGUGAGUUUUCUCUGUGCAUAAACAUACAAAUGCAUGUGAAUGAAGCCCACAGUCACACAGGUUUUUGCUCUGAGUUGAUCUUUUUUGAGGCAGAAACGGAAUAAUUUCAAACGGGAGACAGCGCUCCUGGUUACAUCUCUGCUUCGACUUUCGGCUUCUGUGGAAAGCUGGGAGAUUUUAUAGCAUCCCAGACAAUUUGUGUCCAUUAGUGAGGAGGAGAAAUCCUCGCUGGCUUCACACUAGACCUUAAUGUUUAGAAAACAGAAGAACAUUUAUGUUACAGUAGCACCUACACUACAAUGAUUGAUAAGUGCCUUACUAAUGGUGACUUCCAACAUAUUAAAACAAGUAUGUAUGAGUAUGGGAAAAAUGUGACAUAUGCACCCUGAAAUGUGACAAAUUUAACAUUAUGAAUUACAAAGUCCUUUUUAACAGUUUUUUGUACUCAUCAGCUUAACCACAGUAAAGAGAAAAAGUAACCUUUUAUAAUAAACUGCUUUUUUACAAAAUCUUUUUUUUCAAAUGUUAAAUACUCGACAUUUAUAAAUGACCUGCAGAAUAGAUUGCACUUACGCCGAAAAUAUAUUGAGAUAUAUUAAUAAUAUGUACUUUUGCCCCAUUCAGAUAAUCUAAGUAGAAUGUAUACUUUAAAAUACAAUAAUAAAGACUUAUUGUAAUAUCUCUA